AUGUCUUCACUGCAACUGGUUGCCCUGAUUGUGCAUGACUAUGAUCCAGCUAUUUCCUUCUUUGUUAACAAACUUGGAUUUGAACUGGUUGAGGAUAAACCGUCCUUUACUACAGACGGCCGCCCGAAACGCUGGGUUGUUGUCCGUCCACCAGGCAGCCUACCCCAAACAGGGAUUCUCUUAGCUCGAGCCGAUAGUCCUGAACAGAGUGCUACCGUUGGUCGACAGUUUGCAGGCCGUGUAGGUCUAUUUUGGCGUGUUGAUGAUUUUCAAGGGACCUACAACAGGCUUUGCAGUCACGGCAUUCAGUUUAUAUCAGAGCCCAGAGCCGAAGAAUAUGGAAACGUUGCGGUGUUUCUAGAUUUUGUGGGUAAUAAGUGGGAUCUUCUUGGACCCAGUGGAGAAAACUAA